UCUUGCCGACUACCAGACCCGAUUCAAUAACUUGGUACCGCACUGGGCAAGUAUUAGUAUAUACCAUUACGCUGUUCUAGUCCGGGAUUGCUUCCUCCGGCUACGACCACUGGCCCUUAAGAGCUACGGCUCCAUCUCCGUGUGAGACGGUAUAGCCCCGCACAUUGAACCUUUCGAUCAACGUUCCUACGAACUUAUCAAAGCUAGGGGGCAUUUAGAUUUGCAGCUUGGUGGCAUCUCGGUCUCGUUACAAUCCGGAUCAUCAGUGAGCCGAGCUCGUUUGUAUAUAGAGUGUCAAUACUAUUUCCCCAAGAUGGUGUACUGCGGAAAGCCCUCACGGGGCUGCCAGAUGUGUAGGACGAGAAGGAUCAAGUGCGAUGAGACACGGCCUACAUGCAAUCAAUGUAGCAAGUCGCGGCGGCAAUGUCCAGGCUAUGUGGACGAUUUCGAUUUAAUGUUCCGCAAUGAGACGAAAGCCACUGAGCGGAGAGCGCAAAGGGCCAACAAAAAGGCCCUGGCGCAAAAAGCAGAAAAGCAAGGUUCAUCCUCGAGUAAUACAUCCGGCUCCUUCGAUGCUACCUCAAGCAGCGCGAAGACACCGGGGAGUUCGGUCGUGGCAUCGCCCGUUUUCUCGGUAGAGGAACAAGCAAGCUGCCAUUUCAUUUCACACUUUAUCCUUAUGCCGAGAGGCGGACGUGUUGGGCACAUGGACUUCCUUCUCCCACUUCUCAAACAAGAGGGCCCGGAUAGUCACAUUCAGCAUGCUUUCAAUGCGUGUGCCUUGACGUUCCUGAAUAACCGGCGAGGAGUUGGGGGUCGAACUUGGGACCGGGCGCUAAAUGAAUACUCGAUGGCCCUCUCCAGGACCAAUGCUGCACUCCAAAACAGAGAGACACAGCAAUCAGACGCGAGCCUGGCUGCCGUGCUCUUAUUAGGAAUGUUUGAGAAUAUCUCAGCAAAGCAAAUCAGCGCGUUUAACUGGGGCUCUCACGUUGAUGGGGCUGUACAAUUAGUAAAAGCUCGAGGGAAGAAGCAGAUCAAAACCGACCUUGGUAAACAACUUUUUAUCUCCGUCCGGACAUUAAUGUCGGUCUAUUGCCUCUCAACAUCAAAACCGCCAUACAUGGCCCCAGACUGGUGGCUCGACGACACAGUCUUCAGCGAAACAGCCGCAGCAAUCCAAGGACUAAUGAUCAAGACGAGCGAGGUUCGAGCACAAAUCUCACAUCUUAUAGACACUCUUACCAAGACACCGGAGAAUAUCGAGCUGAUGCUUGAGAUAAUCCGUAAGGCAAAGGCCAUCGACCAAGAAAUUGUUGCGUGGCAGCAGAACCAGGGCUCAUCAGAAGAUUGGCACUACAGAACGAUAGCCUGGGAAGACAGCGUGACGAAUGGGGAUUAUGCAAAUGCUGACGUAUUCCCCGGUCGUGUCGACGUGUACAACGACGUAUGGAUAGCCAGCAUCUCAAACACGGCGCCAACCCUGCGUCUCUACCUCCACACAGCCAUUGUCCGAUGCGCCGCCUGGGUCUGUUCGCCCGUCGACUACCGCACAACGCCUGAGUAUGCCACCGCAUCGGCUGUCUGUCGGGAUGCCAUUACCGACAUCAUUGCUUCCGUGCCGUACUUCCUAGGGUGGCAUCUCAAAAGAAAAGAAGCCAACACGACCCCCAAAUUUGGCAACUUCGCCUGCGGGGACGAAGAUGGUGUUAAGGGCCUCGCGGGCUAUCUAGUAACAUGGCCGCUGACCUGCGUCAUCUCGCAAGACUACGCGACGGAUGCGCAACGCGCCUGGGCGUUGGGACGACUGCGGAAGAUUGGAAGCGACUUUGGCGUCAAGUAUGCGCUUGCUGUAUCUCAGCUUCAAAUGCGCGUCCCGUCAAUGUUAAUUCGCCGCGAUGCCCUCAUGAACACCUACCCAGCGGGAAUUCCCUACGGUUUCGAACAAAUUGAGGCAGCGCGACUAGCACCGCCCAGAGCUGGUCACACCCUGAAUCCACAGCAGCAGUGGGAGGCGAUGCAGAAGAUGAGGUCCGAGCAGGGCAAGGCCGAACUUAUUGGGAAAAUGACCGAGAACGCUGCCGACGACGAAACGCAGCGGGCCGCUCAAAGGUGGCUUCAUAAUACUGCCAUAUUAUGAAAUGAUGUCCACGAGCCCACAUGGGUAAUAGGGAAACCGACAAACUACUCAACAAAUAGUCGCCUAGGAUACCGGAUGGCUCAAUCACUGUCUAUGCCGGCCUGACCUGAAAGCACGGGGGCGGAAAACAAGGGAUGGACGAGAUAGAAAACCUACUAGCUCUCUUAAACGUGACUCGUU